AUGGCGGUGGUGUGCUGGAGGUGCUGGUGCUGUGCUGGUGCUGGUGCUGGUGGUAUUGCUAAACUCGGUACUAGUACGCAAACUGAUACCGACGUCACUGCCACUGCCAGCGCCAGCGCCAGCGCCAGUGCCAGUGCCAGUGCCAGUGCCAGUGCCAGUCGGAGCCCCGCUGCCAAUCCAAGCGGUGAUACAGACACGGCUGCAGAUAUUUCCAUCCCUACUACUUCCACACCCACUACGCCUAUCCAACAACCAACGACGAGUGCAGCACCUACCUAG